UAUUCGCACUUCUGCAACGAAAUAUGGCGCCGAAUGUGAUGGUCUUUCAUUUUGCCUCGACAGUGGUAUUUUUGGGCAGUUACCUUUGUCUUGGGGAAACUUUGAAUGCCAAGUUACCAGGCAUGUUAUUUCCCAGAGAAUCCGAGAGUCGUGAAGUGAAGGAUUUAUGUGGAUUUUGGAACUUCCGGGCAGAUAUGUCUGCCAACAGGAUGGCCGGAUUCGAACAGAGUUGGUUUGCCAAACCUUUAUGGCAGACAGGUAAUGUUAUUCCUAUGCCUGUACCAUCAAGCUAUAAUGACAUAACACAAGACAGAGCCUUGAGGGACUUUGUUGGUUGGGUGUGGUAUGACAGGGAAGUUUAUGCUCCAAAAAUAUGGAAGUCAGAGGAAAUCAGGGUUGUGCUCCGCUUUGAAAGUGCGCAUUACAACACCUUGGUGUGGCUUAAUGGUAAGGAAGUGAUGGCUCAUUCUGGAGGCCAUCUUCCCUUUGAAGCAGAUGUCACAUCAUUGUUGUCUUUUGGAGCAGUUAACAGGAUAACUGCAGCAGUGAACAACACACUGACUCCUUCUACUCUUCCACCCGGAGAAAUACAAUACAAGACUGGUGAUAGGUAUCCUCCAGGAUAUUUUGUUCAAGAAACUACCUUUGACUUCUUCAACUACGCUGGUAUCCACCGUCCUGUAAAACUCUACACAACUCCUGUUGUUCACUUGUCAGACAUCACUAUAACAACAGACUUCUCAGAGGAGGAGGGCAUGGUCAAGUUUCACACCACAACAUCCUCCUCAAAUGUGUCAAUGAGUUAUGAACUCAUGGAUAAGGCUGGUAAUGUGGUAGCCUCAGCAGAAGGUUCAGGCCUAUUUGAAGGCACUCUGAUUGUGAAGAAGCCAAUUCUCUGGUGGCCAAUUGGAAUGAGCGAUCAACCAGCAUAUCUUUAUUCACUGAAGGUCAAAACUCAUUCCCAUCUACUUGAUAUUGAUGACAUUUACUACCUACCAGUCGGUAUUCGGACAGUUGAGGUGAAAGGAACAAAAUUUCUCAUCAACAACAAGUCAUUUUACUUCAAAGGAUUUGGCAAGCAUGAAGAUGCUGAUAUUCGUGGUAAAGGAAUGGACUAUGCUAUCAUUGCCAAAGACUUCAACCUUAUCAAGUGGUUGGGCGCCAAUUGUUUCCGAACCAGUCAUUACCCAUACGCUGAUGAAAUCAUGGACAUGGCAGACCAACAAGGAAUUGUUGUCAUUGAUGAAAGCCCAGGAGUGGGAAUUAGAGAAAAGAACUUCAGGAAUGACACGCUCCACCAUCACUUGGACGUCAUGGCAGAGUUAGUUCGUCGGGACAAGAAUCGGCCUUCAGUUGUCAUGUGGUCUGUAGCUAAUGAACCGGCAUCCGGGGAUUCUGCCGCUGGACCUUACUUUAAAUCCGUCAUCGAAUUUACUCGCUCACUGGAUACAACUCGACCUGUCACGUUUGUCACUUCCUCCCGCGCCGACGAAGAUAAGGCGGUGCAGUAUGUUGAUGUAAUUUUGUGCAAUCGCUACUAUGCUUGGUACGAAGAUUAUGGACAAACACAGCUUAUCAGCCGCCAGUUGGAAGGAGAGCUCAGAGCCUGGUUUGACACGUUUAAUAAACCAGUGGCACAAUCUGAAUAUGGAGCUGGCACGAUCGCUGGAUUUCACAUGGAUCCGCCUCUCAUGUUUACUGAAGAUUACCAGGUGGAAACCAUUCAGCAGUAUUUCCCCGUGUUUGAUAAAUUGAGGGAAGAAUUCUUUGUUGGUGAACUGAUAUGGAACUUCGCGGAUUUCAUGACCAAACAACAAACGACGCGAAUUGUUGGCAACAAGAAAGGUAUCCUUACCCGUCAAAGGCAACCGAAAGCCGCAGCUCGGGUUCUGCGCCAGCGAUACCUGAACAUUUCAGUGGGAGUGGAAGGGAAUAGCUGGAAAGAAGAUGACACAGACUUUUUUGUCAGAUUUUAUGCCACUGAGAACCUUGUUGGACUCGAUAAUAGAACUUAAGUACUUUGAAGGUCUCUAGACUGUCACAGUGACAGCACGACCUGACAGUUUUGAACAAUGACGUGACACAGCAGUGUGGCGGGACGAUGAUUAUUAAUUUUUCAAUAGACAGGAACUGAGCUUGCGGAUUUUCUAGAGGCACUUCUGGGUAAUUUAGUAUGUAAUGGUGUUUGGGAAAUUACAAUAUCUUCCAUAAUCUACGUUUUUAUCUGUAAUGUGACGAUGUAAUAGAACGUAUCGUGCAGUUAUUGAAGUGCGCGCGAGCACUCUUAAGUGUUUGAGCUAUUUUAAAAAUGUUUUUAAAAUAAAAAUCGAAACGCCUUGCAGUA